GACGGGCACUCCUUCUACUACGCAGCCCUGAACACCCUCCCUAUGGGGGACCGGAACGCCGUCAGCUACGGCCAAACGGCGCAUGUUUCUCUGCUGUUGACCAACACUGACGUGCUGCUGGAGGAGAUGCUGACGUUGGACAGCCGACCCCCACGGGGGAGCUUUGCCACAGGCAUUUGCAUAGACGACUUUGUGUGCCUGGAGAAGCGGCCGCGGGGUAGCGGCCCUCCUUCGCGGACGGCCCGAGUUAUGCAAAACAUGCGCCGGGGCUACGUGGCGGCCGGCUUGGAGCGCAGCGAAAAGAAGGCCUUUGAAGCCCAGACCAAGGCGAGCUUCUGGGGGGCCGCGGUGGACGGCAUCAGCGGGGACGUCCGCGCUCUCCCAACGCGGGCCCUGCCAGUGAUGAGCUAUAUUUUGGAGAUCAGCCGGCUGGGCUUGGCAACGCGGGCUUUGCUGGACCUCGUGGCGGGAAGCUUGGUGGCCAUCUUUGCCUUCCGCCGCCGUCUGCUCAGCUUGCUGAACCUGAUUUACACUGAGGGUCGCGGGCUUCCUCGCGAUUUGGUCUUCACCUUGAGCGCUGGACUCCGGGAUGAGCUGACCACGGCGGCCAUCCUGAUCAGCACGGCGGCCACCAACUUGCGUGCCCGUGCUUCCCCGAUCAAGCCGCUGUGGAACCGCCUCCUUCGCCCUGGUGCGGCCCGGGAGCGUGCAGUCGGCUGCCUGGCGACGGAGGAGGAGCUGCCGGCCGACGAGAUAAAAGCGCACCCCCUUUGGUCAAAGCUGGCCCGCGCUUUACAGUAUGGAGGUGCUUGGCGACGCCCGUGUCGCAGAGGCCGCCACAUCAACAUUUCCGAGGUGCGGGCGGGCUUGCAGGCCGAAUUGCGCCAGGCCCGCAAGCGACCGCGGAGCAGACACAACCUGGCCAUGGAUUCUCAAGUGGCCCUGGGAGCGUUGGGAAAGGGAAGGUCGAGCAGCCAAGCCAUCAACAAGGAGUUGCGACGCAGCUUGCCGGCCCACCUUGGCUACGAGAGCUACCUGGACCUGAUGUACUACGCGUCGGCCGAGAACCCAGCUGACGACGGCACCCGGAACGUACCGCUGAGGGCCCCGACUGAGGAAUUGCCGUUAUGGUGGCCGGCCGCCUUGGAGGGCGACUUCGAGGGCUUGGACGCUUGGCUGGCGGCGUGCGGGGCGCUCCCCCAGGAUGCCUUGGGCCUUCCUCCUGUUGCAGAGCUGGGCGUCGUCCGGAGACCGGUGGCUACACGCGGCGAGGCUCGCAAACUCUUGUGGCGACAACCGACUUCGAGAGCUUCGCGGGGCCGGCCCGGAUCGCGUGCAGACUUCCCUUGCGGAGUGGCUCUUCCUUCUUCGACCCAGGAGCUGCUGAGUACGCUGCCUGUGCGCCAGUUUGUUACCGUGGGCCCCGGAGUGCCAGACUUGAGCAAGAAGGGCUUCCUGGACCUCUACAGUGGAUCUUUUGGAGACCUUUUAGAGCCGGACUGCCAGUCCAAGAUCCUGGCUCUUAUCAAGGCGGGUGCCUUUUACUGCGUGGGAGGAGGCCCGGUCUGCUCCAGCAUGAGUCGUGCCAUCCGCCCUCCGGUGAGGUCUGCUGCUCACCCGACGGGCCUCCCCGACCGCCGGGCGACUCUGGAGGACAAGGUGCUGGCCGGCAACAAGCACGCCUCCUUUACAGCCGCGGUGGUGCGGACGGCGGCGGCUCACGACACUGACUUCUGGAUUGAGAACCCGGCGGCUUCCUUCCUUUGGCUGCAACCUGCUUGGAAAGAGCUAUUGGACGACGCGGACCCGCCAGGCCGCUGCUUCUUGCUGGACUGUUGCCGUUGCGGGGCUCCCUGGCGAAAGCGCACGAGGAUAUAUACUUCGACUUCCUUGGGUGGCCAGCGGCUGUUGUGUCAGUGUCCUGGGCCCCACCAGCGGUUGAGCGGGUACUGCAAGGAACGCCGCCAGAUGUGGACAAAGGUCGCUGAAAGCUACCCUCGGCCCUUGAAUGGGGUCUUGGCUGCGGCGGCUACCGAGGCUAUGCGCCCGGCUGGGGACCGUCGGCAUAUCAGUGCUUGCGAUAUUUGCCGUUGCGGCACGCAGCGCAUUGGCGAGGCUGCCAACCCUGGGCCUCCUGUUGAGUCCCUUGAGGAGGUGCAGCUGGUUAGCGUUCGUACGCAGACUUUGCAGAGACGCCUCCUCUCCGACUUCGACGCCUGGCUUGCCUCCCGGCUCUCCCGCCCGGCUCGGCUUAGUUUAGAAGGGUGUGCCAUGGCCUACUGCGCGGUGCUUCGCGCCUACGGAAAUUACCUUUUCCAGACGGGGCAGCCUUUGUACAAGUGGCGGCACCUCUGCGCCUUCUUCCAAAAGGAGCGGCUGAGUUUGCGGCCUUACAUGCCUCUGUGCUGGGACCUUGCGACCAGAUGGGAAAGAUUGUGCCCGACGGCCCACCGGACGCCGAUCCCCUACGCCCUGGUCCGUGCAAUGAUCUCUUUGGGACUGGCGCUGGGCUGGGCUCGCUUUGCGGCUGUGGUGGGCUUGUCCUUCUAUGGGACGGCUCGUGUGGGCGAACCUUUGCGUGCACACCGCGGGGCGAUCCUUCUCCCCUGUGAUCUGCUCGUCGACGAGACGCCGGUCUGCUACGUUCGAGUCGAGGCUCCCAAGACGGGUCACCGAGGAGCUGGGAAGGUGCAGCACUUCGUUGUGGGGGAGGCUGCUUUCGUGCGCUUUUUGGAGCGACUUCUGGCGCGAAGCCCUUUGGAAGAGAAGCUUUUCCCGGCCUCGGCUGCAACUUUCAGAAGGAGGUGGAACUACGUUCUGCAGAGGCUGGGUGUGCCAGCCGCCUUUAAGCUGACACCAGGGGGGCUUCGCGGCGGGGGUGCCGUGUUGCUUUACCAACGCGGCACCCCCGUCAGCGACUUACUUUGGCGCAUGCGCCUGCGAGCGCAGGCUACGCUUGAAAGCUAUCUGCAAGAAGUGGCAGCCAUAAGUGUUUUGCCGGCCUUUACGGAUGCCACUCGCCGACGGAUAGCAGCGGCCUCUUCGGUUUACGACGUCCAGCUGGAACAGUUUACUGCCUAG